GUCCGGCGGAGGGACGGCCUGGGUUCGGCGCCGCUCCCAGCAGCCGAGGCCGCGGCCGCUCCGCGCGGGAGUUGGAAGAUGGGGAAGAAAAGCAGAGUGAAAACACAGAAGUCAGGUACAGGAGCUGCAGCGACAGUGUCUCCGAAGGAACUGUUGAAUCUGACUAGUGAGUUGUUGCAAAAAUGCAGCAGUCCUACCCCAGGUCCUGGUAAGGAAUGGGAAGAAUAUGUACAGAUUCGUUCACUUGUUGAGAAAAUUCGCAAAAAACAAAAAGGUUUGUCUGUUGUCUUUGAUGGAAAACGAGAUGACUAUUUCCCUGAAUUGAUAAAAUGGGCAACUGAAAAUGGAGCAUCCACAGAGGGUUUUGAAAUAGCUAACUUUGAAGAGGAGGGGUUUGGUUUGAAAGCAACAAGAGAGAUAAAGGCUGAAGAGUUAUUUCUGUGGGUACCUAGAAAACUGUUGAUGACAGUUGAGUCAGCUAAAAACUCAGUAUUAGGUUCCUUGUAUUCUCAAGAUCGAAUUCUUCAAGCCAUGGGCAAUAUAACAUUGGCAUUCCAUCUUCUUUGUGAGCGAGCCAACCCCAACUCUUUCUGGCUGCCCUACAUCCAGACUCUCCCCAAUGAAUACGAUACUCCUCUCUACUUUGAAGAAGAUGAAGUGCAGUAUCUUCGGUCAACUCAGGCCAUACAUGAUGUUUUUAGCCAAUAUAAAAACACAGCCCGACAAUAUGCUUAUUUCUACAAAGUUAUUCAGACCCAUCCUAAUGCCAGCAAACUGCCCUUAAAGGAUUCUUUCACUUAUGACGACUACAGAUGGGCAGUUUCCUCUGUUAUGACACGGCAGAACCAGAUUCCAACAGAAGAUGGUUCCAGAGUUACGUUGGCUCUAAUACCUCUAUGGGACAUGUGUAAUCAUACUAAUGGACUGAUCACUACAGGCUACAAUUUAGAAGAUGACCGUUGUGAAUGUGUAGCACUUCAAGAUUUCAAGGCUGGAGAACAGAUUUACAUUUUUUAUGGCACUCGGUCAAACGCUGAAUUUGUGAUCCACAGUGGUUUUUUCUUUGAUAAUAAUUCACAUGACAGAGUGAAAAUAAAGCUUGGCGUGAGUAAAAGUGACAGGCUGUAUGCUAUGAAGGCAGAGGUCUUAGCUCGUGCUGGUAUCCCAACUUCUAGUGUUUUUGCCUUGCACUCCAUUGAACCUCCAAUCUCUGCCCAGCUUCUGGCUUUCCUUCGAGUGUUUUGUAUGAAUGAAGAAGAGCUGAAGGAACACUUGAUAGGCGAGCAUGCCAUUGAUAAAAUCUUCACGCUGGGGAACUCUGAGUUUCCCAUUAGCUGGGACAAUGAAGUUAAACUGUGGACAUUCCUAGAAGCCAGAGCAUCCCUUCUUUUGAAAACCUAUAAAACAACGGUGGAGGAUGAUAAGUCUUUCUUGGAGACCCAUGACCUUACUUCACAUGCGACAAUGGCUAUCAAGCUGCGAUUAGGUGAAAAAGAGAUCUUGGAGAAGGCAGUAAAGAGUGCUGCUGCGAGCCGAGAGUACUAUACCAAACAAAUGGCGGAUGGAGCUCCGCUUCCUAAGUAUGAAGAGAGCAAUAUUGCCUUGUUGGAGAACACUGUGGCAGACUCUAGACUCCCUAUUGUCUUGAGAAACCUAGACAAUGUGGAAGAGCAAGGGGACUUAAAGAUUGAUGAAGCUAUGGAUGCAGAAGUCACAGAAAAUGGGUUUGUAAAUGGUGAAAACUCUCUAUUCAAUGGGACCAAAUCAGAAAAUGAAAAUUUAAAUAAAGAGGAAAGCAACAGAGAGACUGAAGAUGCCAAAGAAUCUUCUUCAGAAAGUACUGAUGAGGUUAAAGAAUAGUUCUAAAAUUUGACUUCCUUGUGAAAUUAAAUUAGCUGAAGUUUAUGAACAGUGCAUUUAUGUUGGUGUGUUUCUUUGUUAACAUUUCUCUUUCUGCAGAGAAAAAUGUUUUUGCUGCUUUAUAUAAAAAUGAAUUUUUAAGUUAUUAAAAAGGUUUAGCACCCCUUUUCAAUUAAGAUUGCCAUCUUGCUUUCAGGCAAAAACUGGGGAUAGAGGUGCCUUUGGAAGAUUUUGCAGCCCUUUGUUGAACCAAAUGUAUUUUCUUCCUGGGGAAGAAUUAAGCUCUUCUAUCUGCUGUGCUUUUGUUGUUCUGUCACUCUGACUACCGAAAUUAAAAGCUUGCUCUGCUUCCUGCCAAGAAAGGCAGAAGGCAGGACUGACUCGGUAUUCAGCAUGAAGGUGGGAGAGCAGUACAGCAGAAAACUGGAUAAGAUGUUCAGAAACUUGGGAGACUUGAUGAAAACCUGUUUAAAAUCAGGUAUGCCAGUCCAGAAAAAGGUAAGGUGGCAACCUUAUGAUCGGUAGUUCUAAAUGUUGAUGAGAAUCCAAAUUGUAUACACUUAAAGUGAUCUCUGAAAAUUUCAGUUUACUUUGUUUACUGUAUGAAAAUAUCUCAUCUUUCUUCUUCAGUCAGAGUUAGGCUGCUACAAUACUACAUUCACCAACUUUUAAAGGCAGACUUUUUAUUUCCAGGUGGUACCUGUUGUUAUUUACAAUGUUGGCAGUGCUACUGCAGAGUUUGAAAGCAGAUAGGCCAAGCCACAGCUUUAAAAUGUACUGUUCCAAGUGAGGUUGCUUCCCAGCUUCUACAGGUUUUCACAAUUAGCUAGAGAUUUUCAAAGCUCCACUUUUGACUAAACCGUUAUUAAAAGGAAAAUAUGAUUAAUA